UGGAAGGGUUAAAGAUUCCACCACCCACCCACCGAAAGAAGGGAUAUCAUACACAAGAGAGAGAAAGAGAAGUGUUUUGCUUCCUCUGAUCUGGCGAAUCAUUCGUUCUAUCAAAAUUUCCCGAAAACUCCAAAACCCCCCUUUUAGAAAACUCGAUUAACAAUCUCAAUCUUCUUCAUCUCUCUAUCCUUCUCUUCCCCCAACCACAAUUUCAUUCAAAACUCUCUCUCAGGUGAUCAAGAGAAUCAAAGUUUGCUUAUCCAUAUUACAGAUCAUCUGAACAGAAGAGGGAGGGUACUGGUUUGCGGAGGCAAUUGGACUUCUGCGAGCUUAGAAUCCUCUCUCCUUUAUUUAUUUAUGAACGCAUUGUUAUUGGCCAGUGCUGCUGGGGUCUCCUUUUCUCAAAGCUUGCAUUUAGCGGCAUCAAUGUUUUGGUGAUCUGUUGAGUUGAAGAGCGAGAAAAAAUUAAGCUGAAAGAGAGAGGGAUAUUGAAGCUGAAACAAUGGGUUCAGUUUGUUGCUGUUUGAAUGUUGAUAAUUUUGAAGAUUACAUGAAUCCAAAUAGUCCUGUAUAUAGGAACUGUGUGUGUCUUAGUUGCUUCGUACAGAACUUUUUGACUGUGUAUGCAUCAAUAUUCCGUAGAGGGGAAGUGCAUGCGAUUCCUUCAUCUAUACAGGGCGCAGCAUCUAUGACUUCUACAGCUUCACUUGAUAAUUCUCUAUCUGACAUGUACCGUUCUCCUCCAAGGCCCUUGCCUUAUGAUGCAGACCCCAGGUUUUUCCGUUCACAGCGUGAUGGACUAGUGUCAAGACGUGAGAAAGGUUCAAGUCAUUUGAAUGAAGAGUCGGAACCUCUAAGAGGUGAUUUAGAUGCUGAUUUAGAAUCUUUAAAUUCGGGUGGUAAAUGGAAUGAUACCAGUGAAGAUGGAUCAAAGGAAUACCGUUCUAAGUCCUCGGUAAGACUUUCAUCAGCAAAACUUACGAAUGGACCUGGGCUUGUCUAUUCAUCAUCAUCAUCAUCGGAAGACGAGGAUGUUUGCCCGACCUGUCUUGAAGAGUACACUGAAGAGAAUCCAAAGAUAGUGACAAAAUGCUCUCAUCAUUUUCAUCUUGGUUGCAUUUAUGAGUGGAUGGAAAGAAGUGACAACUGUCCUGUUUGUGGGAAGGUGAUGGUAUUCGAUGAAACGACUUAAUCCUGAUUAAAAAGGUUUAUAUCGUGGAUGAUACCAACAGAGGAAAGGAAAAAUACAAGUAUAGACAUUGUGAAUACUUCAGAUUAAGCGCUUAUCUUGUAUAGUAAGUAUAUAACUUUUAUUAAUCAUAAUUGUAAGGCCAAUCUCAUCCAAGUUGUUUUUAUAUUUAUACUUUUCUCCCUUGCCAAAACUCUUCCAAGAUUGAAAGAAAAUGCCAUUUUAGAUGGGAACUUUGUCAUGGUUUCAACAUUUUGUAAUGGAAUGAUCUCUUCUCUAUUUCUUUUUCUUUUUA